CAAAAACCCGGACCCACACGGCCGCCUCCUGCAUGUCCACCCUCCAAAUCGAAAACAGAUCGAAAUCCUAGGGUAGGGUUACCCUCCACCCCAAUCCCCAUCGUCCGUUCCGAUCCGAUCCCUCACCGUCCAUCAAUGUCCCACUCCCACCAUGACGGAAGCAAGCCCUACCAGCCGCGCCGGGGGCCCGAGCGCCCCCCGCAGCCGGCGGACGGGAUAGCCGUCCCGCCUCCUGCCGCCGUUGCCCCGUCGGUGGAGCACCUCGUGGCGGCCGCCGCCGAGGCGGAGGCGUUGAGUCGCUUGGGCGCGGAACAACAGCAGCUGCUGCAGGGGCACGAGCAGGAGGUUGGGGAGGAAGAAGGGGAGGACGAGGAGGAAGACGAGAUGGAGGACGACGACGACGACGACGAUGAGCAGGAAGGGCAGCACGGCGGCAUCGGUGUGGAGCACGUUCCCAUGGACGCAGAUGCUGCUGCUGCCGCCGCCGUGGCGGCCGCUGGCGCGCAGAUGGACCCGCACUCGGUGUUGGUGCCUGGGACCGUGCCACCCAUGGCGACCAACCAGCUCACCCUCUCGUUCCAGGGCGAGGUCUAUGUAUUCGACUCUGUCUCCCCUGAUAAGGUCCAAGCCGUGCUUCUGCUGCUUGGAGGCAGGGAGCUGAGUAGCCUGAGCGGAGCGUCGUCCUCUGCACCUUAUAGUAAGAGGUUGAACUUUCCACAUCGGGUGGCAUCACUGAUGAGAUUUAGGGAAAAGCGGAAGGAGCGGAACUUUGAUAAGAAGAUCCGGUACAAUGUCCGGAAGGAAGUUGCACUUAGGAUGCAGCGUAAUAGAGGUCAGUUUACAUCUUCAAAACCAAAGCCUGAUGAAAUAGCAGCAUCAGAAAUGGCAGCUGCAGAUGGCUCUCUGAAUUGGGCACUAGUUGAAGGCCGACCUCCAUCUGCUGCUGAAUGUCAUCACUGUGGUAUUAAUGCAACAGCUACACCAAUGAUGCGUCGGGGACCUGAUGGACCAAGAACACUAUGCAACGCUUGUGGCCUCAUGUGGGCAAAUAAGGGUCUCCUGAGGGACCUAUCCAAAUCUCCUGUACCUCUUCACUCUAUACAACAAUCAGCUCCAAUUCUAAAUGGUGGUGUAAGUUUUUCUUUUCUCUGCUCUUUGCAUAUGUUUUCUACCUAAGCUUGGUGGGGAUCUUGUUUGGUUGAGAUGUGUCAUAAAUUCAGAACGGAAGUGCCAUGUCUGCGCUUGGCUCUGAGCUAGAGAAUGCUGCAGCAGCCAUGGGCAAUGGCCACGAGCCAUAAGGUAGUGGUGUUUAGCCAUGUGCUAAAGCCACGAGCAUCAUCGCGCAAUGAUCUCUGCAGUAGGCGGUCAGUUGGAGCCUGCUUAGAUAUAUGGAAUCCUGCGCCUGUAGGUUUUAAGAGCUGCGACAGUGUUUUGUCCCGUGUAGUCAUGUUUGCAGCCGUCGCAGCUAUAGCAAGUUUGUUUCUUGUCUUGAGUCGUGACUGUUAAGAACUGAUGAAGUUCAUUACUUACGUGCGUGUAGUUAUACUUAGAUAUGAGAUGUUCUAGCCAUGCAGCAACGUUUUCUAUCAAUGUCAGUAAUUAGGGAGCGAGCGUUUGUCUCA